ACUUGUUGCAUGCGACAGCAUAAAAUAGAAUGAAAACAAACCUCGACGAGUUUUGUUCAGUUCCACAUCGGCAGUGGUAGUGUGAAGCUAUUCGUGAAAAUGGGACCUCUAGAAGCGAGCACCACGCUUAUGCGAUUUGUGUACACACGCCCGGGGAGCUAUGCUCUACUCCUGGUACUGGAUUCCAUAAUUUGGUUGUAUCGAACGGACAUUGUGGAUUAUCACAAUCGUGUUCAGGACAUUCCACCGCAGUUUAUUUAUGAUGUGUACGAUUUCAUAGUGAUUGGAGGUGGAAGUGCAGGUGCAGCAGUUGCUGCUAGACUAUCAGAAGUCUGCAGCUGGAAUGUAUUGUUACUGGAAGCUGGACCCGACGAGACAUAUCUUUCGGAUAUUCCAUAUCUGUAUCCUGUGUUACAGAGAUCAAAUCUAGAUUGGAAAUAUCGAACGGAACCAAACCCAAAUUUUUGCCAGGGAAUGGAGAAUAAUCAAUGUGCUUGGCCGAGAGGCAAAGUUCUUGGAGGAAGUUCUGUGUUGAAUGCAAUGAUGUAUAUUCGUGGCAAUCCUGAAGAUUACAACGAGUGGGAAAGUUUGGGAAAUGUUGGUUGGAGCUGGAAGGACGUGUUGCCAUAUUUCAUAAAGAUGGAAAACGUGCGGGAUCCAAAAAUUUCCAAUGUUUCAUGGCAUGGUACAACAGGACCAGUUACAGUGGAGCAGUUUAAAGAUCGCUCCGUUCUUAUGAAUUAUUUUUUCGAGGCCGCUAAACAAAUGAACGAAACGAUUGCCGAUGAAAUGAAUGGACCUUCACAGAAUGUAUUCGGCCCUCUUCACGGAAGUAUUAGAAAUGGAUUACGUUGUAGCACUGCCAAGGCGUAUUUGCGGCCUACGUGGGUCAGGAAAAACUUUCACAUAUCAUUGAAUUCCAUGGUUACAAAAAUUUUAAUAGAUCCAGAUGACAAAAGAGCAUACGGGGUUAUGUUUACCAAAGAAAAACAAAAGCACUAUGUUUUGGCUUUGAAAGAAGUAAUUCUUUGCGCAGGAGCAAUUAACUCUCCCCAGCUACUAAUGCUGUCGGGUGUUGGUCCUAAAGAAGAGUUGAAAGCCCAUGGAAUCAACGUAAUCCGUGAUUCUCCAGGUGUGGGAAAAAAUCUUCAAGAUCACGUUGCAACCGGCGGCAUUUCAUUCCUUAUCCAAAAUCCCAAUAACACUGGUCCUUUAUCAAUUUCUAUGACAAAUUCAGUAAAUGCAAAUUCCAUUAGAAAUUUGACGUUCAAUAACAGUGGUGUAUUUAUGAAUAUGCCAUCUUGUCAGGUGAUGGGUUUCAUCAACACCAAGUACCAACCGGUAGGUAGUACCCGUCCCGACAUUCAAAUUUUUAUGUCCGCUCAGUCCGAGCUGUCCGACGGAGGAUUAUGGUCGGCGUAUGGAGCGGCACUUUCAAACAAUUACUACGCUAAAAAUUUCGAGAACUGGGAAUUUCAUGAUGCUUUCCUAAUCCUUCCACUUCUGAUGAGACCUCAAAGCCGUGGAUAUCUUAAAUUGAGAAGCAAGAAUCCGUACGAUAAAAUCAAAAUUUAUCCCAAUUAUUUUGCUGUAAGACAGGAUGUCAAUGUGAUAAUUGAAGGGUUAAAAUAUUGUCUUCAGUUGGCACGAACUCCAGCAUUGCAAGCUUUGAAUGCAACGUUGAUCUAUGACACGGAACCAUAUGCAACCUGCAGUAGCAAAAAUGGAGAUGAUUUCUUAGAAUGUUUGGUGCGUCAUUACUCACAAACUAUUUACCAUCCCGUUGGAACGACCUCGAUGGGCCCCAAAAACGAUUCUAUGGCCGUGGUUGAUGAUCAGCUCAGGGUCUAUGGCAUCGAUGGUUUGAGGGUAAUAGAUGCAGGCGUCAUGCCAACAAUUGUUACCGGUAACACUAACGCGCCUGUUAUUAUGAUUGCGGAAAAAGGUGCCGACAUGAUAAAAGCAGCCCAUUUACCUCAACUUUUGAAGAAACCGAAUCUGAAGGAAUGUUAUACGUAUAAUUUCAAAUACUUUCAAUAUUCAAAGUAAUGUCCAAAGCCGUAUCUUUGUUCUACUCUUAUAAACCGUCAUCAACCGUAAAUAAAUACUUUCCCGUAACACAAUUUAUGGAAAAGUACUGCAAAAAUUGCCCACGUGAUGCUCACCAAUUCAAAUACUUUAAUGCUUUGUAAUUGAUAAUGUCAACUGGCUUUCCUGAAAAUUACAUUCUGAGGAUCAUAAAUCU